CCCUCUCCCCUGAUGUACCUGGGGGCAUGCCGGACUACAGGCGCUCUCUUGUCACAUCCUUCUUCUACAAGUUCUAUCUCACCGUCCUCUCUCGUUUGGAGUGAGCCCCUGCCACAGAAUCUCGUUAGUGCCACAAGAAUGGACUCCUUCGUACUGGCUGAGACGUUCAAGUAUCUGUUCUUGUUGUUUGCUGACGAGGGGGACAGUCCCCUGGAUGACUUUGUGUUUACGACUGAGGCCCACCUCUUCCCCCUCUCCCUCGCCAGCGCUAACACCACCCUCAAUAGAGUCGUCCAAGAGGCAUUACUGGUGAAGAACACAGACCUAGUGAAUAUGAGCACUGUCACUGUCACCACUAGCGGAUCCAGACUCUUCCGGGAAGGCAGCAAAGAACAAACCAGUCGCUGACAGCUUCACUAAAGGCGUCUCUUGUUCACUGACGAGAGUGUCCUCCCUCACGAGGUGGGUAAAGGAGAGGCUGCUGUCAAAUGGUAUAAGAGGACAAAGCAAGGGCAAACUCCACCCACUCAAUCAGAGGUGGAUUAUAACGAGCAGGGGCCCAC